AAUUAUUAAUGGUCUGUUUUAUUUACUUUUCAGUGUUAGCUGGGGCAUUGUUAGAAAAAGCAGAAUACUUGUUGGACAAAGGCAUUCACCCAAUUCGAAUUGCUGAUGGUUAUGAAUUAGCUGCUAAGAAAGCCAUUGACAAUUUGGAAAAAAUUGCUGAUGAAUUUACUGUUGACACAAAUAACUUGGAACCCUUAAUUUUGACUGCUAUGACCACACUUGGCUCAAAGAUAAUUAAUCGUUGCCAUCGGCAGAUGGCAGAAAUUGCUGUUAAUGCUGUAAUGGCUGUUGCUGACAUGGAAACCCGUGAUGUGAAUUUUGAGCUCAUUAAGGUGGAAGGGAAAGUUGGUGGUAAACUGGAGGACACUAUGCUUGUGAAGGGUGUUGUCAUAGAUAAAGACUUUUCUCAUCCACAAAUGCCAAAGGAAUUAAAGGAUGUAAAGAUAGCAAUUCUCACUUGUCCAUUUGAACCUCCCAAGCCCAAGACAAAGCAUAAGCUUGAAGUAAGUAGUGUAGAAGAGUACAAUGCUCUUCAUAAGUAUGAGCAACAGCAGUUCAUCGAUAUGGUGGAUAAAGUAAAGGGAGCUGGAGCUAAUCUUGCUAUUUGUCAGUGGGGCUUUGAUGAUGAAGCCAACCAUCUUCUUCUUCAAAAACAACUGCCUGCUGUACGUUGGGUAGGUGGACCAGAGAUUGAACUCAUUGCCAUUGCAACCAAUGGUCGAAUUGUUCCUAGGUUUGAGGAAUUGUCACCAGAAAAACUAGGGACCUGUGGAAAAGUGCGUGAAUUGACAUUUGGAACCACCAAAGAUAAGAUGUUGGUUAUUGAAGAGUGCCCUAACACUAAGGCUGUGACUAUCUUCAUCCGUGGAGGAAACAAGAUGAUUAUUGAGGAAGCUAAACGCAGUAUUCACGAUGCACUAUGUGUGGUGAGAAAUUUGGUGCGAAACAACAAAAUUGUCUAUGGAGGUGGUGCUUCAGAGGUUUCAUGUGCCUUGGCAGUAUCAGAGGAAGCUGAUAAAAUCUCGACUCUGGAGCAGUAUGCAUUCCGUGCCUUUGCUGAUGCUUUAGAGAGCAUUCCACUAGCUCUUGCUGAAAACUCAGGUCUCUCCCCUAUCCACACGCUAGCUGACUGCAAAGCCCGACAAGUUGCAGAAAAAAACCCAUCUUUAGGCAUAGACUGCAAUAAUAGGGGAACAUGUGAUAUGAAGGAACAGCAUGUGAUUGAGACCCUGCAUAGCAAGAAACAACAGAUUCUUCUGGCCACUCAGCUUGUGAAAAUGAUUCUUAAGAUUGAUGAUAUUCGCACUCCUGGUGAAUCUCUACAUGCUUGAUUUAUUUUUUUUUUCUUGAAUAAUGUCCUUUACAUCAUAAGCUAAUAUUGUACAUUAAUUUUUCUUUUCUGUGAUUUAAUAAUAAUCACAAAGCACUAAACCCAUGAGAAUGCAUUCACAAAAUAUCAAAUGUAGGACACUGCAGUUACAGGAAAGCCUUAAAGUUUGGGGGUUCUUGGUCAAAACCAUAAAUGAGGCUGGAAUUUUUUUUUUUAUAGUUCUCAUGCAAUUUGCUUGUCACCAGCAAUUUAAUAAAACACUAAAAUCA